CACUCACCGCUGAACGUUUUACCGACAAGGCUGUUUUUCUAACCGAGCGCUCUGUAGGUUGCAGCCAUUUGUCUCAUCGCUCGCUGCACCCGAUAACUGGCAGUGCUUGAGAACAAGUGUUUCCUGCCUUUGACUCAAACAAAGGGAGCGACGACAAAGUCAGUUCCCCCUCUGGUUCUCCUCGGCUGGCUCGCCUGCCAGCUGAACAAGCGUCGGGAUGGACCCAGCAAGCCGAUACCAAGUGUUGCACAAUGAGGAUGACUCCUCGGAGGCUUCGACCAGCGAGCAGCAGCCGUGCACUUCUGCCACAGCUCAGGCCGGUACAUCCAGCAGCCAGGGCCAGAGUCAGGCCGGCCAGGCGUCUGCCGCCGCGGCAACAGCAGCAGCUGGGGAGGCAUCGGGGUCGAGGACUCAAGGGGAUGCCGAGGCACCUCCACCUCCUUAUGCCUCCAUUGAGCUGGGCGCAACAGCUGCAGCACCCGAGACUAGUUUCCAAGGUGACUUCCCUGUGCCUCCGCCCUACAGCGUCGCCACAUCACUGCCCACAUAUGACGAGGCGGAGAAGGCCAAAGCGGCCGCCAUGGCUGCCUCCACUGUGGACGUGAUGCCACGGGAUGACGAAUUCCCCCCCAGAGACGAUUUCAGCGACGCUGAUCAGCUUCGAGUUGGGAACGAUGGAAUCUUCAUGUUGGCCUUUUUCAUGGCCUUCCUGUUCAACUGGAUCGGAUUCUGCCUGUCCUUCUGUCUGACCAAUACCAUCGCAGGGCGCUACGGAGCCAUCUGUGGCUUCGGCCUUUCCCUGAUCAAAUGGAUCCUUAUCGUCAGAUUCUCCGACUACUUCACUGGCUACUUCAACGGUCAGUACUGGCUCUGGUGGAUCUUCCUGUUGCUCGGUCUCCUGCUGUUCUUCAGGGGCUUCGUUAACUACCUAAAAGUGCGCAACAUGUCAGAGAAUAUGGCCACCUCGCACAGAACGCGCCUCUUCUUCCUCUAUUAAAUAGGUUUCCACGCCAUCACCAUUCCUUUCCAAUGUGACGUUCCUUUCUCCCCCGCCCCCCCCUCGAAUGACCUGACCGAGAAGUCUUGCAGUGAAGAGAGGAGCCGGGGGAAGGAACGAAGGAAAGAAAGUAUGGAGAAAGCGAUACCAGUCUCAUUAAAAGCAUAACACGACUCACUCUGAAGCCUCCACUUCUAAACCGAGCCAAAAAAAAAAGAAAAACAAGUCUUUGAUGAUCAGAUCUCUUCCUUGGCUUUGUUUUUUGUUUUCAUUUUCCUUUGAUUCAAAGCUUUUUCGCUGCUCUAGGGUCGUGUGAAGAAAAAAAAAACGGUAUGUCACGUCUCUCGGGAGUAGGAGUGCGCUUAAGAUACACCACCUUCGUUACCUGAGGCAAACACUUGGUAUAAACAGGAGAGGUACAAAAUGAAAUAUGAAAUAAAAGCACAAUGAAACUAUUUUAAUGAAACAGUGUCUUAAAUCAAAGGCAACUAAGCUAUGAUAUUGCUUCCUCUGGUGGACGAAUAGUGACGGCAGUGUUAUCAGCUCAUGAUUCAUUUAGAAAAUCAUCUUGUCUCUAAGGAAGCAUUUUAAAUGUUCAAAAUAGAAAACGUGUAGGACGUUGAAACCUGCUCCAAAGCAUUUGAUAUUCAGAUUUUCCCUCCGACUUUGCCACAAAAGUGCACAUCAAACUAUACAUCGUCAGCGCUAGUUCUGCCAUUCCACUAUUCAAUUUCAGGGUGUUUCGAGCAAGUCUUACUUUAACCGCGAUGUAGCAUUUUUUUACGCCCAAGUUAGCGCUCGCCUCGGCCAGACUCCACCUACUGGAAUCUCAGCCCUUCCGAUCUUAAUAAAGCUUAAGUAAAAAGCAGAGGCAAGAUUAAAGAUGUUCUCGUCUUAAGGCGCUUAACUGUGCACGUGUGAGGAAAUCCAAAAAUGUGCAUUUAUCAGUUUACAUAUCAAAAAACCCUGAUGCGUUUAGUGUUUUAGACUCCCACUGACCUUUUUCUUUGCUGUGACCUAGAAUAUGCAACAAGACAGGAAACAGGUUAUCAGUUAAAUGAAUCCGCGACAACUGGAAUGAUCCGAAACGGGACACAACUAUAUCUCCGAGCAAUUAAGCAAACGCUUCAGAUUAACCAACCAAAAGCAGAUCAUAGGCAGUCGGUAAAAUGCAUUUUAUUUACCAAAAAAAAGUAGUAAAUUUUCUCCUUUCUUUGCCUUUUAGUGAUUAUUGUCAUGCUCACCUGACCUAUGCAGUACAAAUGCUCGUGGAUCAUCACACUCUGAGCAGAGGAGGGCUACAUGUACCGCUGCACCGGUUGGCACUUUCUCCAUUUGAAUCAAAGAAAAACGAAAAGAGUGUCUCAACAACCGAAACCAAAACUUCAUUCUCUCCUCAAUCGCAGUCUUUUUGAGGUUUAUCACAACACAAUCUCCUUGUUCGCCUGUCAAGCAUGAUAAACAGCCCUUUUCCCCCCGUCCCUCCAUUACUCUGCACUGACCACUGAAAACGCCCAAUGAAAAAGCAUCUUCAAGCUUGGAUAAAUCAGCGUUUUUAGGCCACAGGUGCUCCAUCCCGAUCGGAAAAGAAAGACAGGGCAGUGGCCGAGGGUCAGCCCUGCUGCGGUGCUGUGGGAGUGGAGCUGAUAAUCAGCAUUUUACAUACAGUGCAGUAGCUGCCGCGUGCCAGGCUCGAGUUAGACUCUUUGAAAUUAAAGUAUGCAACUUAGUUCUUUGUAACGACAUACAGUAAUUAUGGAUGUAAAAGUAGUCGAAUAGUUUAGUCAUCAGAGAUCAGGGUCGGUCCAGAGUGAGGUGCUGGUUAAUGCGCGGCGGGAUCACAGAGAAGAUUAAGUUAUGUGUGUGUGAACGUGGGUGGGUGUGUGUGUGUGUGUGUGUGUGUGUGUGUGUGUGCGUGUGCUGUACACACCUGCCGACAAAAAUAAUUUUAAUAAUCCGUAAAUCAGAGAGUGCGAUGCAAUAAAAAUCAAAUAUAAAUGUGACCGGUUGUGCAUGUUGUGCAUGAGUUAGCAAAAAGCCAACACGCGGAUCUCUCUCUGGGAUUUCCUCUGAUUUAGAUUAGACUCAAAAUGUUCUUUUUUUUUUUUUUACGGAGCGAGGAAUUGUGAAUUCUGUGAUGUAUCCUCCUAUCGGGUACGCGGUGGAGAAAAAAAACAACCUUUUUAAUCAUCCGACUAUCUGAAAUAUACGUUUCUCGCGGGGUGUAACGGCGAUGAAAGACAGGGGACACUGUCCCGCGCGAAUGAGAGUAUGAGACGUGCUUUUUGAUUCUUAAGUCAUCCAGAAAAUGAGAUGUAUAUACCAGCUUAUGCCAAUUCAUAAUAUUUGCACUUUGAAGAACUUCUGUACAGUAUGAUUUGUGAAUCUGCUUAACUUGGUGUGGCGGAUAGAGAAAAUGGAAAAAAAAAAAUAAUAAUAAUAAUAAAAAAAAAGUUAGCCAUCCAAGUUUUUAACUGGAAUUCUUAAUCAUCCCAAAUGGAUAAUUUGCCUUUUGCACUUUUUAUUUUUUCAAAAAUGAUAAAGUUGUUAUUGUGUGUCUUCGCUUUUAGCCUAAACUGUGACAGCAUAGUAUUGCCCGAUUUCCUUUUUUUUUUUUUUUGUUAAAGCUCUUCUUUCUUUCUUUCUUUUUCACUCUGGUCAUAUCCCACUUAAGCCUCUUUCAGCAAUAUCAAGAUCUUUCAGCCAAUUUAAAGCUCAGCUGCAUGAUUUAUCCACCUGAACGAGUGGGGUAAUAUUAAAAAUUCAUCUAGUACAGAUACAUUUCUUUGUUUGUAAAUAAAUGAAGAAAAAAAUGAGAUGGCAGCCAUAUUUUUUUUUUCUUGUUGUAACAUCCUCUGAAAACAGUUGUCAUGCAUUUGAUCAUAACUGGAAUUAAAUUGACAGAUGAGGUCUAGCAAAAAUGCCAAUAAAGUUCAAAAGCCUGCCAAUA